ACUAUAUACUAUAUAUAAUCCCCCUUUGAUACCCUUAAUCAUAUUUAUUUUACCACCUGCACACAUAAGCAGUCCAACAAUCUAGGAUUGGGCGAGUAGGAUCCUCAAAUAGAUAGAGGAAGAGAGGAGACAUACCACACAGAAGAAACUUCAUCAAUCAAGCCCAUGGCCAUGGCUUCCACCACCACCAAUCCUCUGCUCUCUUCAAACUUCUUAGGAACUAAAAUCCUGCUCUCCCCUCCAACCCCGAAAACCACCAAAUCAUCACUUCUUUUCCCACUCUUCUCCAAAAGAAAGUCUUUAAUAACUCGGAGCAUUCUCAACAAAAAACCCAAUUCAGAGCCCUGGAAAUCUCUUCCAUCUCAAGCCACCUUGGCCGCGCUAAUCUUCUCCACUCUCACCCCACAAGCCCUUGCGCUAGACAAUCCCACGCCGCCAGCUCAAUCCCCACCAGAAAUCCAAGCGCAACCCAGCACACCAAGCCCUUCAAAUCCCUCACCUUUCUCGCAAAACCUCCUCCUCACAGCGCCGAAGCCCCAAGCCCAGACCACCUCUGACCUCCCGGAAGGUACCCAAUGGCGAUACAGCGAGUUCCUGAACGCAGUGAAGAAGGGCAAAGUAGAGAGAGUCAGGUUCAGCAAGGACGGCUCUGGCCUUCAGCUCACCGCCGUCGAUGGCCGCCGAGCCAGCGUGAUUGUCCCCAACGACCCGGACCUCAUCGACAUCUUGGCCAUGAACGGCGUGGAUAUCUCGGUCUCGGAGGGCGACGCGGGCAACGGAUUGUUCGGCUUUAUUGGUAACCUUCUGUUCCCAAUCAUCGCUUUUGCCGGACUUUUCUUCCUCUUCAGGCGAGCCCAAGGCGGGCCCGGCGGGCCCGGCGGGCUCGGUGGCCCGAUGGACUUUGGAAGAUCAAAAUCCAAGUUCCAAGAAGUCCCCGAAACCGGCGUUACAUUCGCGGAUGUGGCUGGGGCUGACCAAGCAAAGCUUGAAUUGCAAGAGGUCGUUGAUUUCUUGAAGAACCCAGACAAGUACACAGCUCUCGGAGCUAAAAUCCCAAAAGGGUGUUUGCUAGUGGGACCUCCCGGUACCGGGAAGACCCUGUUGGCCAGAGCGGUGGCCGGCGAGGCGGGCGUGCCGUUUUUCUCGUGUGCGGCUUCAGAGUUUGUGGAAUUGUUUGUGGGAGUCGGGGCGUCGAGAGUGAGGGAUUUGUUCGAGAAGGCCAAGUCGAAAGCGCCGUGCAUUGUGUUCAUAGAUGAGAUUGAUGCGGUAGGAAGGCAGAGAGGGGCGGGGCUUGGAGGUGGGAAUGAUGAGAGGGAGCAAACCAUCAACCAGCUCUUGACGGAGAUGGAUGGGUUUUCGGGGAAUUCGGGGGUGAUCGUGUUGGCGGCAACGAAUCGGCCGGAUGUGCUCGAUUCGGCGUUGUUGAGGCCUGGGAGGUUCGAUAGGCAAGUCACUGUGGACAGGCCUGAUGUUGCUGGCAGAGUCAAGAUCCUUCAGGUUCAUUCUAGAGGGAAGGCACUAGCAAAGGAUGUGGACUUUGAUAAGAUAGCGAGAAGGACCCCAGGUUUUACAGGGGCUGAUUUGCAGAAUCUCAUGAAUGAAGCAGCUAUUCUUGCAGCCAGGCGUGACCUCAAGGAAAUAAGCAAAGAUGAGAUUGCCGAUGCACUGGAGAGGAUUAUUGCCGGACCAGAGAAGAAAAAUGCUGUAGUCUCAGAGGAGAAGAAGAAACUAGUUGCCUAUCAUGAGGCCGGGCAUGCUCUAGUUGGUGCUUUGAUGCCUGAAUAUGAUCCUGUAGCCAAGAUAUCUAUCAUUCCUCGUGGCCAAGCCGGUGGCCUUACCUUUUUUGCUCCAAGUGAAGAGAGGCUUGAGUCUGGACUGUACAGUAGAAGCUACCUGGAGAAUCAGAUGGCUGUUGCCCUUGGUGGGAGAGUUGCUGAAGAGGUAAUUUUUGGCACCGAGAAUGUGACCACUGGAGCAUCAAAUGACUUCAUGCAAGUUUCACGAGUGGCAAGGCAGAUGGUGGAAAGAUUUGGGUUCAGCAAAAAGAUCGGACAAGUUGCCAUUGGUGGACCUGGUGGAAAUCCCUUCUUGGGUCAACAGAUGUCAUCCCAGAAAGAUUACUCCAUGGCAACUGCUGAUGUAGUAGAUGCAGAGGUGAGGGAACUGGUAGAGACAGCAUAUGCAAGGGCCAAAUAUAUCAUGACAACCCACAUUGACAUCCUUCACAAGCUUGCUCAACUACUCAUAGAGAAAGAAACUGUUGAUGGGGAGGAGUUUAUGAGUCUCUUUAUCGACGGAAAAGCUGAAUUAUUUGUUGCUUGAUUCCACUCUCAAGCGCCUUCUUGUUGUAUUAUAAAAUUUCAUAUACGCAUGUAUACAUUAAGAACCAAUUAAUUAUUUCAUUAAGUUUAUAAAAAAAUAGCAAAACACUUGAUGCAGAA